GAUGUUGGACGACCCGGUUCUGCAGGGCCUCCCCCCCCUCCCCGAUUGACACUCCUGUUGGUGGGGGGAUAUCACUAAAGAAUUAUCGUAGGCCGUGGUCCCCGUAACAGUCAGUGUAUCAGGAAUUACUCGCUCAACUGUUUGAAGCUCGUGCAUGCUGAAGGUCCCCGGUUGCUUUGGGGAAUAUUUAUAUGGAUUCUCCCUUCCACCUUAUUUCCCUCUUCCUUCUCCUCUCACCACCACAUUGUCGCUCACUCCCGUUUUAAUCUAAUCCUUUUUCUUGCUCCUCUUUUGCAUAUUCCCGUCGACCGGUUCGACCACCAGACCUUUCUCUUCUUGCAGUUAUUUCCCUUUUCGACCUUUCGUCUUGCAUACAAGUUCCUUCUUGUACCAUCGCCACUCCGCACACAUCUGAAAAAAAGAUAUAAGAACCAGGAAAUCAUACCGGAAAAAGAAGAAAGAAUAUAAAUCAAGUCAAAAUGCAGAACAUCAGCAUCCUCACCGUUUUCACUCUCCUCUUUGCUGUCCUCGCCAUCGCGGCUCCCGUCGUUGUUGAGCGCCAGAUCACACCAGUAGGCUGUAUGUCACCUUGCACCCAUGAUAUGAGAAAGUGUAGACUCUUACUAACACAUCCAUUCUAGUCAACAAGUACGGCAAUGACGGCGUCGCAUCGAAGACUGACGGCUCCGGCGAAGUUGUCCCGGUUGUCCCGGGCACCGCCCAGGGUGUCUCCGGUAGCCCCGACCCCAACUAAGGAAUCCUUCGCAUGCAUGCACUCUUGGGACAUGUCAUAAAUGUACAAUAUCGUUCUCUAGCAACCUCGUGUCAUGUUCUGGAAUCCUGUCGCCGUCUCUCGUCUCAUUUGAAAACAAAUCAUAUCACUCAUGCGUUUCUUCCUUUUCUCAAUCCAAAUUCUACGCCUCCAUUCUACCUUCCAGGGUGUAAAUUUUUUUGAUGAUGACUUUUUAUCCCAAUAACCUACCAACCCGUCUCUAAAGACCAAUUUCGAACACGGGGGACGUAUGGAUUUUUUUUCUUUCUUUCUUUUCUUUUCUUUCCCCCUAGUAUUUUUCUCUACCCUAGAUUAUGAUUUUCUGGCAUCCUUUUUUCUUUUUUUCUUUUUCCUUUGUUGUACGGAGCAAUUCGGCAUGGGCAUGAGUACUCGAUAGUAGAGGAAGGCACCAGUGUGGGGAUUUGCUAGUGGUGGAUUUGGGAAAUAUUGCUUUCUUUUUGGGGGGGGAGUCUUGACGACUUUCGCUACCUUUUUAUUCUUGCUUUUCUCGCCUCUUAACUUUCCUUUGUUCGGUUUGGUCGUGCGGAAAUAGUGGGAUUGAAUUUGGAUUUUUCUAUACAUUUGGUGUGUCGUGUUGUGGUCUUUUUGUGUUAAAGUCGUGAGCUAGUAUAAUUAACUGAACACUUGAUCGAUUUGAUACAAAAC